CUAGUGAAUAUAGGAACCAGUGAGUCAAGUUAAAUGUGUUGGCUAGGCAUUGCUCCAACUGAAUUAUCCUGUGAUCAAAAUAAUGUUUGUGUCCUCACAUCCCACACACUUAACUACAGUUUAAUCUCUGUGAACUCUUAAUAUUAUGAUAAGAAUUUCAGCGUUAGUCUGAGUAGCGAUAGUGGUAAUGUUCACGUCCAAAUGGAGAAUUUCCCACGGCUUUGACGGCACAGACCUUUGUAGCAAACAGUGAAAAGAACCUUUUCUAUCCAUUCUGCUUCCUGUGAGCAAAUAUUCUAUUCCUCAUUGUCUGUAAAAAAAAAUCAUUCCAAGUGCAGGGUAGCUAUAACAAAAAUUUAUCACCAGCAAUAUUUACCCUACCUGUAAUUCAUUAUCACCUAUUUUAUUCUAGUUCUCAACAGGACCCGCUGUUCGUUCUCUUUUGCACAGAACGAAAAACCAACCUGAUGAAACUACCACCUGUGAGCAAGGGUGUAGGGUAGAUGUCACAUGGAAUAUUUAUUGUGUCGUUUAGCUCUGAAAGCACUGCUAAACAUAUUGCUUCUUAUUUGCUGUUCCAAAUUGAAAUCAUAUAUGUAAUUAGCUACCAGAUUUCUUUGAACAGAUGUCCAUAUAUUGAAGUAAUACAUUAGUUGCUUGUAAUGAGCUAGAAUCACAGUUUUUGAGAACUCUGAGCUCUUUCCGAGUUGUCCUGCUCUUGAUGCCAGUCCCUGCUCACCUUCUUUGUUUGCCUUUAUGGUAGCACUUACAGUGAAGCCAAGAGAAGUUCACGAAUUGAUAUUAAGUGUGUGGGCAUCUUGUUAUUUUUUUUUCCUAAUGUUUCCAGAGAAAUGUGAGAUAAAGCAGAUGAAUAUGCAUAUGGACUGCCUGGUGUCAGUGUAGGGCAAGUGAGUUCCUUCUGGUGAAGAUAAGCGCUCAACGUGGAGUACAGUGUCAAAGGUCGUGCUGCCAAAGAUAGGUCAGGAUGUGUUUUCAUGUCCAAAAACUGGAAUAAGGAGGAAUCUACAUGUCUGUUCUUCCAAACUGAUAAUAAUCCACAUGGAGGACUUGGAGGAAUUCUGGAGAUACCAGACCAAAUCCCAGUGCUUAUGUGUAUCUUACAUGAGAAAAGCAAGCCACAGUGGGGGGCAAAAGAUGUAUUUUCCCAGCUCAGCAAUCUAGGGUGCCAUCAGUGGAGGAAGAUUCAUCCUGCAAUGUAACCUGGUUUCAUUUUGAAGGUCAGGAAAUCCACAAACAGGUUCAUUGCUGCUUUGUAUCGCAGUUCUGGAAUUGGCAAUAAUGGUAGUGUCUUUCCUUCUAGCAGCAUAGGGACUGAAGACUUGCGGGGAUGUAAAUAUACUAUCUUCUUGGGAAAACACAGUCCUGCAAUUUAAAAAACAAAAACAAAUUAAAAAAAAAAAGUCCCCUCUUGCAGUGUCAAAUUUGUUACGUGCUGGUGCCUUGUUUAAUGACUGCUGCUAGCACAGUAGUUCAGUGUGCUAGAGUAACAUGGCUGGUUUUAUUUGUUUUUGGAAGCUCUUGAGCUUUUUCUCUCCAAGUCUGAUGUUAAUGUGUCUUACAUUCAUGACAUGGAUUACUGUGAGACUUCUGAAAGAUUGUUUGAAAAUGCGAAAAGCUUAGCACAGAGGCAGCUCCUCUUAGAGAUAUGCUCUAUCUUACACAUCAAAAGAGCACAGAUGAGAACAUAGGAGAGACUGUACAAGCCCUCAGCUGGGAGGAGUUAUAGAAACACUUGCCAAUAACCUGACUACGUUAAACCUUUUCCAGAAUGCGUGAGUCUGAGAGAGAAAGGGAGCUAUAAAGGGGGAAGCAGCUAGCAGGGCACCAGACCAACCUGCCUACAGCUCCUGAAAGGUCGUGGCCCAGGUGUGAAGAGGUGCUUUUAGAAGGAAUCAGUAUGGAGCCUGAAGAGUACAGACAGAGAGGGAAAGAGAUGGUGGAUUACAUUUACCAGUACCUGAGCAAUGUGAGAGAGAGACGCGUGACUCCUGAUGUACAGCCAGGUUACAUGAGAGCCCAGUUGCCGGAUUCUGCCCCAAUGGACCCAGACAGCUGGGACAACAUCUUUGGAGAUAUAGAGAAGAUUAUUAUGCCUGGGGUAGUCCAUUGGCAAAGUCCACACAUGCAUGCCUACUUUCCAGCUCUUACUUCCUGGCCUUCGCUCCUUGGAGAUAUGUUGGCUGAUGCAAUUAACUGCUUGGGAUUCACAUGGGCCUCCAGUCCAGCCUGUACAGAACUGGAAAUGAACGUUAUGGAUUGGCUGGCUAAAAUGCUGGGCCUUCCAGAUAAAUUCCUGCACCACCAUCCCGGCAGUGUGGGCGGAGGAGUAUUACAGAGCACUGUGAGUGAAUCAACCUUGGUUGCACUGCUAGCAGCAAGGAAAAACAAAAUUCUGGAGAUGAAGCUUUCUGAGCCAGACACUGAUGAGUCCUCACUCAAUUCUCGCCUCAUCGCUUAUGCAUCAGAUCAAGCACAUUCUUCUGUAGAAAAGGCUGGCUUGAUUUCUCUUGUGAAAAUGAAACUUCUGCCUGUGGAUGAGAACUUUUCCCUCAGAGGUGAAACUUUGAAGAAAGCUGUUGCAGAAGACAGAAAGAAAGGCCUAGUACCACUCUUUGUUUGUGCAACUUUGGGUACAACUGGUGUCUGUGCUUUUGACAAUCUCUCAGAACUGGGUCCAAUCUGUGAUGCUGAGGGACUCUGGCUUCAUAUUGAUGCUGCAUAUGCAGGAACAGCAUUUAUAUGUCCUGAAUUUCGUUUGUUCUUGGAUGGAAUUGAAUAUGCGGAUUCCUUUACUUUUAACCCUUCUAAAUGGAUGAUGGUUCAUUUUGACUGCACUGGAUUUUGGGUUAAGGAUAAAUACAAGUUACAUCAAACCUUCAGUGUUAACCCGGUCUACCUCAGACAUCCCAACUCAGGAGCUGCUGUUGAUUUCAUGCACUGGCAAAUUCCACUGAGUCGCCGAUUUCGUUCUUUGAAGCUGUGGUUUGUGAUUCGUUCAUUUGGGGUGAAAAAGCUUCAAGCUCAUGUCCGACAUGGUACUGAAACAGCCAAAUUCUUUGAAUCCUUGGUUAAAAGUGAUCCACUCUUUGAAAUCCCUGCCAAGAGGCAUCUUGGACUGGUUGUAUUUCGUUUAAAGGGUCCCAACUGGCUGACAGAAAAACUCCUGAAAGAACUAAGCAGUUCUGGCAGGCUCUUCCUUAUUCCAGCAACCAUUUAUGACAAGUUCAUCAUUCGCUUUACUGUAACAUCUCAGUUCACGACCAGGGAAGAUAUUCUGCGAGACUGGAACAUCAUUCAACACACUGCAGCCCAAAUCGUUAGCCAGAAUUAUGGGUUGCACUGCAUCAAUUCUGGUGCUGGGGCAACAAUCCCUAAUAUGAUAGUUAAGUCUAGUUCUGAUGCCAUUAGCAAUGCUUCUCAGCUUUAUCUAGAUGGGGGAAAAUACAAAACACCUUCUAGAAAAAUAGUAGUUCAGCCUAAGAAGUUAGAAGCGAGUCCCAGUACGUGCGUGAUUAGUCAACAAGUGAAAGUUCAAGGGGAUCCUCUAGAUGACUGUUUUCCAGAAGAUGUCCAGGACGUUACCAAACAUAAGUUAACCUCCUUUCUAUUCAGUUAUCUAUCUGUUCAAGGCAAGAAAAAGACGGCACGUUCCCUCAGCUGCAACAGCGUGCCAAUGACUGGUAUUCUUGAGCAAUGUAACCCCAAACCAGCAGCCGCUGACAAGAAGGAGUCUCGUGCAAAUGCCAGAAUUCUUUCCAGGCUGCCUGAAGAGGUGAUGAUGUUCAAAAAAAGUGCCUUCAAAAAACUAAUUAAGUUCUACAGUGUCCCAAGCUUUCCAGAGUGUAGCAUUCAGUGUGGCCUUCAGCUCCCUUGUUGUCCUCUGCAAGCCAUUGUUUAACAAGUAAAAGAGAUUGGUGCUUAAGAGCUUUCCAGGUAGAAAGAGAACCAAAGUUUGCUUAUUCAUAUGCAAUACUAAAAUGUUACUUUGUUCAAUAUGUGAGCGGUGGCAAUGACCGCUGAGAAAAUUCCUGUGCUUUUAUUGGUGGAAACCUUGUGUAUUUAUAGAUUAAAAUGUCAAAUAAAUCUUGUAGGCAUAUAACAUGAAA